AUGACGACAAUGCUUGAAAGCCUAUACACUUCCCAGGGCAGUCACACUUCGCUUGUUCGUGGGGUAGACCCGAAGUCGUUCAACCCCAACGACAACUCGGCCAGUGGCAGAAACGGCCGUGUUCCUUUCCGGCCGCCACGUCGCGCCCAGUCCACCAACGACUAUGUCUACCCUUCGCCGCCUCCGCUGAUGCGGGGCGAGUCAAGGACGGUGCUCAUCCACCAGAACAGCGCCAACAACAUUCCACAGGCGGCCCUUGCGGCACCAGCGGAGGUUGCAUCAAGCGGAGAUGCCUUGAAAACGCUCGCCGCACACGGACGACCGCCGACCAUUGACGAGGAGACCGUCAGUGGCCUGGUAUCGCCGGGCGCCGUAACGCCCGUACCUACACCUACACCCCCGCCGGCGGAGAUUGGCAGAACAACGCGGCCGAAGCUGGGACCGCCUCGGCGGUCGUACUCGGUCAUGGACUACGAGCCGGUGCCACAUCACCACCGCCUGUCAGAGAACCUCGGCCUCCUCGACCUGCCCCCCGAGCUGCACUACACCAUCUUCGACUUCCUGGAUCCGAUUGACAGCACGUGCUUGGGGUUGACCAACAAGCACUUUUACGACAUCCACCGCCGCAUGCAUGGUGCUGUGCCUCUGUCGGUGCGGCGGCCGGGUCCCAACGACAUGGAGUGGGUGUGGCAUCUGGCAGGCCGGAUGAUGCACGGCGGCCACUCGGAUGCCGCCACGCUGGAGGCCACGACGAACGCGCUGGCUAUGCUGCGCGUACGGGGCCAGGCCCUGUGUCGCAAGUGCGGUGUUUCGCGCUGCGAGCUGCACAAACACAUUCAGGGCUGGAUGGGCCCCGGUUACGAGUACUGUACGGUCCGGGAGAAGUUUGGACCGGCCGCUCCCGAGGGUGCCAAAGAGUUUUGCUAUCUGAGCAACCCCAAAGACCCGCACCGCUGCGGCAGACAUCGCGUUAACAAAUCACGGCCGACGACCCCGGUGCCGUAG